GUGCGCACCCCAUCUCCAGCUCCAACCAUUGUACAUGUACUCGAAGCAGACUCUGUGUAUCUGUGAGUCUCCGGCAGCUGGGAAGGAAACAUGCAGGCCGUUGCUAGGCGAUUAGGGCAACAAUCUCUAAAGCCCUCACCAUCGAUUUCAUCUUUCCAAUCCAUUUACCCUCUCUCUGAUUACUAUUAUGGAGCUGAUCAUCCGAGGUAUGGAUCCACUUUGGUCUCCGGCAAGGGUGUGGGCCACCUUAUUCGCAAGGGCACUGGUGGAAGAUCCUCUGUUAGCGGCAUUGUAGCUACAGUGUUUGGAGCUACUGGGUUCCUUGGUCGUUAUGUUGUGCAACAACUUGCCAAAAUGGGAUCUCAAGUGUUGGUACCUUUUCGGGGUUCUGAGGAUAGUCAUCGUCAUCUUAAGUUGAUGGGAGAUUUGGGACAGAUAGUACCAAUGAAAUUCGACCCAAGGGAUGAAAACACUAUCAAGGCCGUAAUGGCAAAGGCUAAUGUUGUUAUCAAUCUUAUCGGAAGAGAGUACGAGACAAGAAACUAUAGCUUUGAGGAAGUGAACCAUUCUUUGGCUGAACGAUUUGCCAUGAUUGCAAAAGAACAUGGUGGUAUCAUGAGAUUUAUUCAAAUUUCUUGCUUGGGGGCAUCUCCAUCAUCUCCAUCAAGAUUGCUUACUGCUAAAGCCGCUGCAGAGGAAUCUGUUCUGAGAGAAUUACCUGAGGCCACAAUUUUGAGACCUGCUGCAAUGGUUGGAACGGAGGAUAGGUUAUUGAAUAGGUGGGCACAGUUUGCUAAAAAAUAUGGCUUUCUUCCACUUCUUGGGGAUGGAUCUACCAGAAUCCAACCUGUAUAUGUUGUAGAUGUUGCUGCUGCAAUUGUUGCGGCCUUAAAAGAUGAUGGCGCCAGCAUGGGAAAAGUUUACGAGCUGGGUGGACCAGAGAUCUUGACUCAACAUGAAUUGGCAGAAAUCAUGUAUGAUGUGAUCCGUGAAUGGCCUCGCUAUGUGAAAGUUCCUUUCCGUGUUGCAAAGGCAAUUGGAAUGCCCCGAGAGAUAUUACUUAAGAAAGUUCCUUUUCCGUUACCAAAUCCUGAUAUCUUCAAUCUUGACCAAAUCAAUGCCCUUACUUCAGAUACAAUUGUCUCAGAAAAUGCUUUAACUUUUGAGGAUCUUGGGAUUGUGCCACAUCAGUUGAAGGGGUACCCGAUUGAAUAUCUUAUUUCAUAUAGAAAGGGUGGCCCACAAUUCGGUUCUACAAUCAGUGAAAGAGUAUCGCCUGAUUCUUAUCCAUGAUGUUCUUCAGAGCAUUUGUUUCAAAAAUGUUUUUCUGUAAAAAAAUGCGAUCCAGUUGGAACCUGGACAUGUUACCAAUAAGUUUCUGGAGAGGAGCAUAUUUCCUUUGAGACUAACUAGGAAAUAAUAACGUUGUGAAGGGUUCUUCACUAAUUGGGAUGUAUAAUUACCGAUAAAUUCUGGCCAUUCGUAAUUCUUUAGAAAAUUUACGAAUGAUUUAUUUUGGCUGGCUUUGGAGGGCUUUUGUUCAUG